AUGCUGUGGUACCAGCACCGACCUGUGUCUCGGGAUAUGACCCUCAUCGGGUACGGCUAUGCGACCUCCGAUCCCAGCUACGAGGGUCAGUUCCAGGAGAGCUUCCAGCUCACCAGAGAGGACAUCCUGAGAGGAGCGCUCCUCCUCCCCCGCGCAGCUCCUGCAGACUCGGCCGUGUAUUUCUGUGCUGCCACAGGGGAAGUGGUUACCAGCAACAUGCUAGUCACAGUCCUGGGACUUCUUCUGACUCUGAUCUACUCAUGCGAGGGUUCAGGCCCCACCGUCCUCCAGGCACCCAGAGACCUUGUCCUCCACGCUGGGCAGAGCGACCAGGUGACCCUGCAGUGCAGCGUGGGUCCCGGCCUCAGCAUGAGCAGCUACACCAUGCUGUGGUACCGCCAGGCUGGCCCCGGGGCUCCGAUAGAGUACCUCACCAAGGAGUACGAGACUCCCGAGGGCCGCCUCCAGCCCUCUAUCGACACGUCCAGCAACAGCUUCACCCUGCGGAUAUCAGAGCUGUCUCCGGAUGACAGCAGCACCUACCUCUGUGCUGCCAGUCACAGUGCUGCAAAGCAGACUGGGAGCCAUGCAAAUACAUCAUCUGAGGCUAAUGACAUUAGAAUGCAUGAAAGGCUGAUCAGAGAUGUGCAGGAAGGUGUUGUGGCUCUUCUGGUUUUAUUAGUGAGCGGGCUGGUGGAGGUUGGCAUCAGAGGAACGGAGGGAGCGGGAGGGAGUGUGGUGGUGGAGCAGGUCGGUGAGGUAGCGGGGGGCCUGGUUGUGAAGGGCUUUGUGAGUGAGAAGAAGGAUUUUAAAGUGAAUGCGUUGUGGCACGGGGAGCCAGUGGAGGUUCUGGAGGAUGGGGGUGAUGUGGUCACGGGAGCGGGUGUGAGUGAGCAGAAGUGUGACGGUUUGUCCAUGCUACCAAAGUGUGUGACCCUCCACCUCCCCGUCGCCACCCUGUGUCUUCGUUCCGGCUCCUCUGGCGGGGUCGUCGGCUACCACCACCAGUGUCUGGACUCCACAGGCAGCCAGAUGCGCAUGCUUGCGUCCUCCAUGGGCAAGAAUGUGUCCAGCGUGGAGGCUGGACCCAGAUAUGCCAUGUCUCGUCCUAACCUGACUUAUUCCUCCCUGGAGAUCAGACAGCUGGAGGGCCAGGACUCUGCGGUGUAUCUCUGUGCCUCUACUACUGGCACGCUGACUCAGAGCAGCCACAUGGCGCGACAACAACCUAGAAACCACACCGUGGAUGUGAACUACAACCCUGCUUUCUUUGGCGGCGGGACCAAACUCACGGUCCUAGAUCCCGAUAUAUCAGACAAAGCCAUCCAACCGAACGUCACUGUUCUGCCCCCCUCCAUACACGAGUGUAAGGAUGCAAAAGACAACAAAAACAAGAAGACCCUGGUGUGCGUGGCCACCGGCUUCUACCCGGAUCACGUCAGCGUGUCCUGGAAGCUCGGUGACCGUAUCGUGACCGAUGGAGUGGGGACGGACAACUCGGCCGUGUGGAACAACAAAACAAAGUACAGCAUCACCAGCCGCUUGAGAGUGCCUGCCGGAGAGUGGUACACAGACUCCAAUAAGUUCACCUGUACUGUCCUCUUCUUUGAUGGUACUGAAUACAUACCCUUUGAAUCUUCUGUUAUGGGAGAUAAAGCUCAGUCAACUGGAGGCAUGACAACAGAGAACUACGUGAAGAGCACUCAGACAGCUAAAUUGGCGUACAUCGUGUUCAUCGCUAAAAGCAGCCUGUAUGGCUUCUUCGUGGUCGUCUUCGUGUGGAAGCUCCAGGGUAAAUCUGGGAAGCAUUUCACCUGAGGCCAGAACAGGAAACCUGUGUUGACCGGGAUGGUGAUGGUCUGGAUGGUGUGGCGUUGCUGAUGUGGGAUUAUAAUAUGCAGAAUAUGCAUAUAAUAUGUCUCCCUAGAUGACCCAUCAUUUCAGAUCAACUAGUGUUCUGCAGUUUACAUAGACGCGUAGAUGUAAUGUAAAUAGAAUAAAACCUGCUUGUAAACCUAAAAUCUCACAGUUCAUAAAGAAGUGAUACAACAGUCGGCAUGUACUGUAUAUAGAAAUAAUUGCAGAGUAAAGAGGGCUUUGUUAAUAGGGAUUUCUGAAAUAACCUCAAGCCUGUAUAGAAAGAACAUUGUGAAGACAAACAUUUGUUCUCCAACUUUUUGAAAUGAAUUAACCAUAAUAGUGUAUGUUUGUAUUCAACAUAGCAGCUGCAUCUGCUAGCAUAAUUAAUAUUCAGAUAUUUCAUCAUUAAUAAAGUUGUCAAAUACA